UACUGUUUUCGAAAUUUUGGUUUCAGUGCAAAAAGUGGUGAAAAUAAACGUAGAUAUCUACCUUCAAUAUCUACCGCCAAUAUUUGGUGUUAUGCAUUCCUUGUUGAGGUGCUGUAAUUACUCAAAACAAAGGAGGAGGAAAUCACUAAGGUUGCUGCAAGAAAUAUAUGUGUAAACCUAUGUACACAAAACUGACAAACUACACAUACAUGAGUGCCUGUACAGCACUAGACACUUCAUAUUGCGUACUUUGACAGUGAAAUGUAACUUUAGAGAUUUUGUAAUGGCUGAGAAGCAUGUGAAAGUGGAUCCGCCGAGUGCUGAAAAGGAAACUGAUUCCUGCAGAACAUGCGGGUCGAUCGACAACCUCAAGCAGUGUGCCAAGUGCUUGUCGGUUGCUUACUGCUGCAAAGAUCACCAGGUACAAGACUGGGAAAAACAUAUCAAGAAUUGCAAGAAACUUAGAAAAGUGAAACAGAACGAUGAUAGCAACCCCAUCAGUAACUCCACCCCCCUAAAAGUAAAAGAGACGGACAGCCAAGAUGGCAACCCUGACCAAAGUGCCACCAUUAACCUUUCGUUUGAAUUCGACAAGCGCCCCCACAAGCCUAGGACGCAUCCCCAACCGGCCGGCAGGGACCUGGUGUCCCUCGCCCAGCAUGUGACCAGCCAGUUGAAAAGCAAAAAUAUCUGUGUCGUGGACAGUAUCUUCAACCCCACCCUUGCCAAUGAGGUUUUGAAGGAGGUCAUCGACCUGCAUUCUUCGGGCGUCUUUAUCGAUGGGCAGCUGAGCGGUGGGAGGCGUAACAGCAGCGACACAAUCGUCACAAAGAAGACUAUUCGUGGAGAUGAAAUCACGUGGUUGGAGGGAAACGAGAAGCAGUUCCCGUACAUCUGCAUGUUGGUGAAGACCUUGGAUAGAUUACUCUCCAAAAUGAACAUCUAUUUGAAAGGGGAAUGUGAUGUUGGAGGAAGAACAAAGGCCAUGGUUGCUUGCUAUCCGGGCAAUGGAACAGGUUACGCUUGCCAUGUUGACAACCCUAACAGAGAUGGACGCUGUAUCACCUGUCUGUUCUAUCUCAACGAGGGCUGGGAUGUCAAGGAGAGUGGUGGAUUGCUGAGACUCUUCCAAGGUAACGAUGAUUACGUGGACGUAGAACCCAUCUUGAACAGAGCCAUCUUCUUCUGGUCAGACAGGAGGAAUCCGCAUGAGGUUCAGCCUGCCUUCAAGACCAGGUAUGCCAUCACAGUUUGGUAUCUGGACAAACAUGAGCGAUUAGAGGCUAGAAUGGCAGCCACCUCGGAAGCCAGUGAAGAUGUAAGUAAACUUCAGCAGCAGUAUUCCAUGAUGAACCUGAACAACAAGGAAGGUGAGAAGGAAGAGACCGAUGGACCAAAGAGAGAGGAUACCGCUUCGUGAAUAUUUGAUCAGAGAACAAGAUUCUUGCCGAAGGAUAUUAGGACUCGAUGAAGGCAAACCCUUGAUCUCCCACCUGUUCAUACAAUGCUAUCCCAGCUACCAGUCUUUAAUUUCAUUUCCAAGUUAAGACCAAAAUUAUGCAGUUUUUUAUGUCUUCAUUUCUAUCUCAUGAUAAUGUUCUUGUUGAUGUUAACAUUCUGUAUGAUAUAAAGGCUUCUGAAAUAUAUAUUUUUUUUAAAUAGAAUUGUUGUAUAUUCCUCUGAAAUGUGAGGAUAGCUUUUGAAGUAAGGCCAUCUUACAGUGGUAAAGUUGCCUUUUGGAAGAAGAAAAA